AUGGGCCUCCCCACCGUGCCUGGCCUGCUGCUGCCACUGGUGCUCCGGGCUCUGUUGGUGGAUGUGUACCCCGCGGGGAUUCAUGGGCUGGUCCCUCACCCCGGGGACCGGGAGAAGAGAGAGAGUUCGUGUCCCCAGGGGAAAUACAGCCACCCUCAAAAUAAUUCCAUUUGCUGCACAAAGUGCCACAAAGGUACCUACCUGUACAAUGACUGUCCGGGCCCGGGGCUGGACACGGACUGCAGGGUGUGUGCCCGCGGCACCUUUACCGCUUCAGAGAACCACCUCAGACAAUGUCUGAGCUGCUCCAAGUGCCGGAAAGAAAUGUUCCAGGUGGAGGUUGCUUCUUGCGCGGUGGACCAGGACACCGUGUGUGGCUGCAGGAAGAACCAGUAUCGGAAGUAUUGGAGCGAAACUCUGUUCCAGUGUCUGAACUGCAGCCUCUGCCCCAACGGCACGGUGCACCACUCCUGCAAGGAGAGACAGGACACCAUCUGCCACUGCCACGUGGGGUUCUUUCUAAGAGAUGCUGAGUGUGUCUCCUGUGCUCACUGUAAGAACACGGAGUGCGAGAAGUUAUGUCCAGCUCUACCUGUAACUAGUAACAACUCUCAGGACCCAGGCACCACAGUACUGUUGCCCCUGGUGAUCAUCUUUGGUCUUUGCCUGGCAUCCUUCCUCCUCAUUGUUUUAGCAUGCCGAUACCAGCGGUGGAAGCCCAAGCUCUACUCCAUCAUUUGUGGGCAGGCGGCUCCUGUAAAGGAGGGGGAGCCAGAGCCCCUGGCCCCGGCCCCAAGCUUCAGUCCCAUCCCGAGCUUCAGUCCUGCCUCCAGUCCCACCUUCACCCCUUGUGACUCGCCGUGGUCCAACUUCAGAGUCACAUCACUCCCCAGAGAGAUGGCCCCGCCCCACCAAGGGGCUGGCCCCAUCCUCCCUGCGCCUCCAGCCUCCACCCCCGUCCCCACCCCUGCGCAGAAGUGGGAGGCCAGCGCCCACGGCGCCCCCAGCGCCCCCGCUCCGCCCGCAGAUGCUGACCCCGCGACACUGUACGCUGUGGUGGACGGCGUGCCCCCGUCGCGCUGGAAGGAGUUCGUGCGGCGGCUGGGGCUGAGUGAUCACGAAAUCGAGCGGCUGGAGCUGCAGAACUUGCGCUGCCUGCGCGAGGCGCAGUACAGCAUGCUGGCGGCCUGGCGGCGGCGCACCCCGCGGCGCGAGGCCACGCUGGAGCUGCUGGGCCGCGUGCUCCGCGACAUGGAUCUGCUCGGCUGCCUGGAGGACAUCGAGGAAGCGCUGGGCGGCCCCGCCCCCAUCGCGCCCGAGCCCCGCCUUCCCCGAUGA